AUGCCUCCCAAGUCGGGUAUUCUGCAACAAUAUUUUUACGCGUCGUCCAUAGUUCUACAAGACCAAAGUGGCCCCGCUCAACUCAAGUUCACCGGGGGUCACUUAGUCUAUUUCCCGACUGCCGCCAUGCUGCUUGCUCACGUGCUCACUCGUCUUCAUCACGUUAUAUUGAAUAAAGUUCUUACAUCUCGGAUUUGGGCAUGGACUGACUCUUCCAUCGUUUUAUCUUGGCUUGUUGCAGAUCAAAAAACCAUUCAAGAUAUUCAUCACUUAUCGGGUGACGAAGAUUCACGCGUUUCUGCCACAAUGUCAAUGGGGACAUAUAACUACCGAGGAUAAUCCUGCUGAUCCGGCAUCUCGAAGCUUAUUACCUGCGGCUAUGAUUGCCGACCGCUUACAUCGGGAUGGUCCUGCAUUUGUACGUUUACCCGAAGACCAAUGGCACAUGUCGUCUAUUAUCCCAAUUAGUGUCGAUCAGUUACCUGACUUGAAGACCUUCAAGAAGUUUGCCCUUAUGGCUAUCGAAAUUACGUCCCUCGAUCUAAUCUUGUCGAGAUUUUCGUCAUUCACCCGUCUGCGGCGGUCCUCUGCCUACGCUCUCCGUUACAUAAACCAUCAAAUAUUAAAAAAACCCUAACUACAGGUUCGUUGACGAGUACUGAGCUCAACCGCGCUGCAUCAUUUUGAAUACGUCUUACGCAACUAAGCGGCUUCCCACGUCUAGUCAAACAACUGUCGCGACACAUUAGUGUUACUCUACCGUCAAUUGCUAAGUUAGCUACGUUUUGGGACGACAUCGGUCUCAUUCGUGCGAGAGGGCGACUAAUAAACACUAUGCUAUCCUGGGAUGUUAAGCAUCCGUUAUUGUUACCGAAAGUGUCACCAUUAACAUCCCUUAUCAUCCGACAUUACACGUCAAUUUUUCACAUGGAGGUCCAAAAUUAGUACUUUCCAUGUUCUGACAAAAAUUCUUUUCGGACGUGAUGCAAUUAGGCGUAACAUCUUCACUUACGUGAAAUGCACUCGUCAGAACGCCGUUCACCCAGCACCCUUCAUGGGCCAAAUUCCGUCAGUCCUCACCGAAAGUAUUCACGUAAGUAGGCAUGGACUAUGGUGGUCCUUACCUCCUCAAGGAAAGCCGUCACCGAAAUGCCAAG